ACCUUUGUUUUUUUUAGCGGUGAAUAUCAAUGUCGUUCUCAAAUAAGAAAAUUUCACUGUUUUAAUAUAACUAAAAGAAAUAUUAUUCGAAAUAAUACAUGAAAUAAAUGUCAGGUAGGCGAGGUCAAGUAGGCGAGUACCACCUUUGAUUUUCUACAGAAAAGAAAGCAAGCAAUUAGUCGGUUACAAACAAAAUAAAAAUAAAUAGAAAACCGGUGCAGAAACAAACACUUAAAAUAUUGAACAAAUUAUUUAAAAGAAAAGAAAAAGGAAACGCAAAGAUAUUUAAUAAUUUAAAAUAAUCGGUUGAGCAAUUUAUUGAUCAAAUAGAUUUCAGAUUCAAAGGCCCUAUAAAAAGAAAUCUCACAUUAAAAAACCUCUGGUUAGGAAAUGAAAAAAAUUAAACUGGCAACGCUAGUACGGGCUCGUUAAAUCUUGGGUACAAGGUACAAUGAAUCACCUGGCUCUUCUUCACUGCUUCUUUGUGUUGACAAGGUCAGUUUUAACUGACAACAAAUGCGCUAGCGUCAGCAAAAUGUCUAGUGGUAGGGUUGAUUAUUACGUCACGGGAAUGUUUCCUGUCUAUAAUACUUCUCCAUCGAGGUUUAAUGCGAAUGGCCUUCAAUAUAUAGAGAUAGUCAGAUAUGUUCUAAUGAAAGCUAAUGAGCAAUCGUCGUAUCGUAUUGGCUAUGUCUUUUACGACACCUGUGGAGAAGAGCAAUUAGAUAUUACAGCAGGGAUUUUCACGGAUAUGUUGCUGGAUGACUUUUAUGUUAUUCAAAACGAAAAAAAUCGUGUCAACAAAACGCAUACCAAAAAAAAAAUAUUAAAAGAAAAAAAUACAUGCCGUUGCCAGGAAGAUGCAAACGAAAAGCAUCAUAUUGGAAUCAUAGGACCAGCAUCCUCUGCUGCUUCUCAACGAGCAAGUGUGUUAUUGGCGGAUGAACAUUUAGUAAUGAUCAGUUACGCUGCUACAAGUCCAGUUUUGAGCAGCAAAACAGAUUACCCUGACUUCCUGAGAACAAUACCAAGUGAUACAUUUCAGGUACAAGUUAUUAUGGAUUUGAUACUUCAUUUCAACUGGACAUAUGUUUCUGUCAUCUCUACUGAUAAUGUUUAUGGUAGAGCAGGCCAGAACCAUUUUCGAGAACUUGCGAAAGCUAAAGGUAUUUGUCUUGGUGCAGAAGUAUUAUUUGAGAUGCCUUACGAUGAAGAUGAAUUGACAAAAGCUGUUGAAAUUUUAAGACAGGACGAAAAAGCAGAAGUUAUCGUUUUAUUUGCUUUAUCGCGGCCAAGUCUGUUACUUUUUAAGCAAGCUGAAAAACUCGGGAUGCAUAACAAAACAUGGAUUUUAUCAGAAGCUGUUACUGGUGCUGGCACUUUGCUUAAUAAAAUUGAACCCAGUGUUUUAUCGGGUGCAAUAGGCAUUACACCAUAUGCUGGACAGUAUACUGAAUUUGAAGAUUAUUUUUGGAAUUUGUCGUACCAUGAUUCAAUGCAUAAUCCAUUUUUGAAAACAUUUUUUAAUAAACGAGGAAUCAAUGUGUCAAAUAGUAAUGGAGUCACUUUGAAUGAUUACAAAUCCUACUUCAAGUUGAACAAAAUAGGUUACACUAGAAAUGCAAUUACUGCGUUUAUAGUUGGCUUGGAGAAAUUUGUUCGAGAAAAAUGUGGUCAAAAUUGUUCCGAUUUUCCUCACAUUGGUGACCGUACAGAAUUUAACGAAAAUUAUAUGAAGGUCGUUGAAUUUAAAGGACUGAUGAACGAAACCGUAAAAUUUGAUCUGAAUGGAGAUAUAAGCACAGUCACUUAUUUUAUAACAAAUGUACAAGAGACGGAUAAGGGAUUGACUUUAAAUACAAUUGGAAAGUGGAAGACAGAUUCAGGAUUGGUUUUUACAACCAACAACAUUGCUUGGCCAAAGAAUGGUAAGGCUGUGUCACAUUGUUCAGCCUUAUGUAGUCCAGGACUUUACCCCUUAUACCAUAAUGACAAACCAUGUUGUUGGGAUUGUGUUCCCUGUAGCAAGGGGUUAGUGAAAACUGGAUAUGGACAGGGAAAUUGUACUCGAUGUCCUCAAAACAACAUGCCUUAUAAAGAAAGGGUAUGUAUAAAGUUAAAAGAGGCAAAGCCGAUGCUGAUAUCCACAUUUCUUGUUGUUGCUUUUACUUUGAUUGGAGUUUUACCAUAUUCUUUUGUACUUUUCACGCUCGUUAAACACAAACACACCUUAAUUGUUAGAACAGGCAAUGCAAAGUUGUCCUUUAUUCAAGUUUCUCUGCAAUCUCUUUUGGUUUUGUCUUUCAUUAUCGCAGUUCUUGAUGUCAACGUUCACACCUGUUCACUAAGAAUUUAUAUAAUGGGAUUUUUGACUGUAUUAAUUAUUACCAUCAUAUUAAUUCGAACGGAAGUUUUGCUUCGAAUAUUUAAUUCGAAUCUUCGGAUCGACAAAACACAUGUUCGAAUUACAACAACUCUCCAGAUAGCGAUUGCAUUUGCAACAACUUCAUUGUUUAUCUUCCUGCAAAGCUUUUUAUAUCAAUUUGAACCAAUCAAAAGCAAGCAAAUUAUCAAUAUGGCAGAACAAACAGUGGUGACAGUUUGUCAUUACAACCUCCACAUGGUGUGGACAAUGUUGUAUCUGGUUUUACUUUCAGUAAUGUGUGGUAUACAAGCUUUCCGCGCACGAAACCUACCCGAUAUGUACAACGAGGCUCUUCUAAUAAUGUAUGCCGUAUUUGUAUCCUCUUUAAACUUCAUUAUCAUGGCACUAUUAUCAAUAUACUCGAGAGAUGAACAAAACCCGAUUGCAUUUUUUCUUAUUAUUUUUUUUAACAACUUAGCCGUGCUCGGUAUUUUGUACGGGUAUAAAACAUGGAUGAUUUGGUUGCAUCGCAUGAAAAGAACAGCCUCGAUCCAUGCGCAAAACAUCACAUCUACAUUUAAUGGAACCAUGGAAUUCGUCCAAAAUAGCUAUCAUAAUUUUGAGGAAUCAACAAUAUGAAUGUAACAGAAGAAACUGAAAAAUAAACAAGAGUGGUGCAUUUAAAAUAAGGAUUUGAAAUAACCAUACGACACUUUCCACAAGACUAGUUAAAGGGUACUUAGAUAUAAGAAACCUUGAACAGAAAAAAUAAUGAAAAGCGAUAUUUCCUACAAGCGACAAUUAACAAGUGAUAUUCAGUUUCGUGGAAUAACAAUUGAGUCAAUAAAAUGUUUUAUGAAUUGAGCACUGGAAGACAGAAUUGACGACACUAUAUCUAAUUGAACAUGUGACUUCUUGUUAUAAUAGGCUAAGUGAUAGAUUAAUAAAAUAGUAAUAUGUUCCGAAGCAAUGUGUUUAUAAUGAAGUUACCAUUUUAGUUAUUGAAAUGUGUAGAAAAUAUAUCUGCAUCAACCCCUAAAAAGUAAGGUUUAA